CACACAGGUGAAAACUCGAAAAAUUUUCAUUUUCAAUAAUGAAAACCCGCCUAGAAGAUGGUCUCAAAAUUUUUUGCCAGAUCGUUUCUCUCUUAAAAGCUCCUCUCUCCUUUUUCCUCUUUGUCCCCUCCACUUUACUAUUCACGAAGCCGGUCGGAGCUUUCACGAAGGUAUCUAUCGAAGAUUCAUUUUAGAGGUGCUGAAUCAAAAUGCCCGAAGCAAGAGAUAGGAUAGAGAGACCAGUAGAUUACCCAGCCGCGUUUCUCAACAGACGCUCGAAUGGCAUUUUAAUUGACGAACCAGCAGCUACACAUCACCAUUUGUUUGGGUCUCCGGUUCAGAGAGUGCCGUCGGAAGCUACAGGACUUGGGUCGAUUGGUCAAGGAUCUAUGACGGGAAGAGGUGGGCUUGUCAGGGGUAAUUUCGGUAUUCGACGUACUGGUGGUGGUAGUAGAAGAGGCCAGAUUCAAUUUAGAUCGCCACAGGGACGAGAGAACACUAGCUUGGGUGUUACUAGGCGUGGAAGGGCUCGUGCUUCAACUUCUGUGUUGCCUUCUUGGUAUCCAAGAACCCCGCUCCGUGAUGUUUCCGCUGUUGUUAGGGCUAUUGAGAGAAGGAGAGCUCGUAUGGGAGAAGGCGUUGGCCGAGAUAUUGAGACCCCAACACCACAACAGCUUGGAGUUCUUGAUUCUCUAGUACCACUGUCUGGUGCUCAGCUCGAGCAUGACUACUCUAUGGUCACUCCUGGUCCAUCGGUUGGGUUCAAGCGUCCCUGGCCACCCUCAACUGCUAAAGUCCAUCAGAUUCUGCUUGAUAUCACUAGAGAGAAUACAGGGGAAGAAGAUGCCCUCACUCCACAGAAGAAGCUCCUCAACUCUAUUGAUAAAGUCGAGAAGGUUGUGAUGGAAGAGAUUCAGAAAAUGAAGAGCACUCCUAGUGCUAAGAGAGCAGAAAGGGAGAAAAGGCGUCCCUGGCCACCCUCAACUGCUAAAGUCCAUCAGAUUCUGCUUGAUAUCACUAGAGAGAAUACAGGGGAAGAAGAUGCCCUCACUCCACAGAAGAAGCUCCUCAACUCUAUUGAUAAAGUCGAGAAGGUUGUGAUGGAAGAGAUUCAGAAAAUGAAGAGCACUCCUAGUGCUAAGAGAGCAGAAAGGGAGAAAAGGGUUCGUACGCUAAUGUCGAUGCGAUGA